AUGGCAUUGACAAAAAACCUCACACACCGAGAUGAAAUAGGCGAUCUCAGACAACGUCUAACGGAACAGUCGUUUCCUUGGUGGGUUGCCGGGGAGAAUAUUGCACAAGGAUUUGAAGAGGACAAAAUGAUUAAUGUUAUCGAAGCUUGGAUGAGGUCGAAAGAUCAUCGUGCCAAUAUCCUAAACGACCAAUACACACAUUUUGGGCUUGGCUAUAAGGAUGGCUUCUGGACACAAAACUUUGCUCAGUCAGUGGAUCCUGUUCAAAC